ACCACUCGAAUGUAACCUUAGAAAUGCAGCGUCUCAAACUCCACCACAUGCUCUCUCCUCCAUUGUGCUCCUCCCAAGCUCCUUUGUUAUCAUCAUGCCUCAGAACCAAGUCUCUUUCCUCUUCUUGUAUGCAACCCUCACCCUGGUCUGGUCUCGAAACCUGGAGGAAUAGCCCCCUCAAUGAGAACCGUUGCUGGGGACCCAAGGGCCCCCAAACGAUUGACAACGCCGACACUCCAAUGGUGUCGUCUGCUUCCUCUCUUGCAGAGCUUGGUGCUCUCGUUCUCUCCACCAGUGACCCCCUCGCCAAGUCCAACCUUUCCCACAUCGCUUACUCCACGUGGCGCCAACACAACGUUCCACUUGGUGCAUGCCAACCUCCUCCUCGUCCUGCCCGCCCUCUGAAACCCCAACUGGUUCAUCCGAAAGAAAUUCCUGCUCCCAAGAACUCGGGUUUGCCUCUCAAUGCGUAUAUGCUUCAUAAUCUUGCGCAUGUUGAGCUCAAUGCGAUUGAUUUAGCAUGGGAUACUGUUGUCCGUUUCUCUCCUUUUAGUGAGAUUCUAGGGGAAGGGUUUUUCGCUGACUUUGCUCACGUUGCCGACGAUGAGAGUCGCCAUUUUGCUUGGUGUUCUCAGAGGCUUGCCGAACUUGGUUUCAAGUAUGGAGAUAUGCCUGCUCAUAAUCUGCUCUGGAGGGAGUGUGAGAAAUCAUCUGACAAUGUUGCUGCACGUUUGGCUGUCAUACCACUGGUCCAGGAGGCCAGAGGACUAGAUGCUGGACCACGACUUGUGCAAAAAUUGGUUGGCUUCGGAGAUCUCAGGACAUCUGAAAUCGUAGCUAGAAUUGCUAAUGAAGAAGUGGCACAUGUAGCUGUUGGUGUCCACUGGUUUGUCAGUGUCUGUCAGAAAUUAGGUUGCGCACCGUCUUCUGCAUUUAAAGACUUGUUAGAGGAUUAUAACGUUGAGUUGAAAGGGCCCUUCAAUUAUUCAGCUCGUGAUGAAGCUGGCAUUCCUCGUGAUUGGUAUGAUUUAUCUACAAAUAACAAGGACAAGAACAAGAAAAGGGCUAACAGUGAGAAGCUUUCUGAGGUGUAUGAGAGGCUUGCUUCCAUAAUUUCCAUGGAGAGUGAGAACUCGAGUUUGAACAGGCCUUAGUAGUUUUGCAUCAACAAUUGUUUUCUUCCUAAGCAUAUGAGAUGGUAUGAAGCUUAUCCUUCCUCUGAUUGCACACUUGAAACACAAUACAUGAAAGAAAUGCAAUGUCUAUUAUUCAUUAAAAGUCCACAGGCAGCUCUAUAAUCAAUCAAUCCCCGUUUGGAUCGGAGGCAAACGCCUACGAAAAGAUUGCUUGGAGUUGAGAAAGAUUUGCUUGGAUUUAUCCAUGGUUUGUUUACUCCUUCAUUACCACUCCUUACCUUUCUUGGUAAAGGGCCUUGGAGAGACGAAAGCAUCAUCACGCCAGAACUAGACUCGUGCUCAAUCAUACAGUGAUCUCUGCAGUUUUCUUCAAUUUCUUUCUUUUUCUUUUCCUUUUUGGUCAACAGUGAAAUUCAAGAAGAAAAGUUUUGAUUAGUCUAUCUUCACCACCAGUGACUUAAUGUAUAUUGUGCAUAUACAUAAACGAUUCUCGAAGUUCUCUCUUCUCGCUUUGGGAAGGCCAAUAAUGUCAUGAGGGAUCCUCUAUUUCUUUAGGAAGACUUCAAGCUGUAAAAUCUGGUGUGUAUCAGCUGUCAGUUGACUAUAAUAAUUGAUCUCAUGAAUGAGAGUUGGAUUGUUUGGGUA